AUGUCGGCUUCACUCGAUAACACUUUGGAUCCUAUGGAAGAAAUCCGUUUCCGAAAAAAACAUGGUGCCAACUGGCUAGAAAUACAAAAAGAUACUCACUUCAGCUUUAAUGAACUAGAACAUAUCAUGGUGAUAUUUUUCAAAAUCCAAAAGCGAGACGAAAGAUGCCCUGGUACAGAUCUUAUAACAAGAAAUCACUUCAGAGACGUGCUUCACAACGGCCUGGGGAUGACAGACGCCUAUAUGAUGGAGCGCGUGAUGGUAGCUUUGGACCGAGGAACCUCGCCACAUGUUACCAUGGCAACCUUCGCUAAAGCAAUGUCCCUUUACCUUCGAGGCGAUCUAGAGGAGCGGAUUGCUUAUGCGUUCACUUGCUACGAUUUGCUGGGUGAAGGGCAGCUGAGGCGAGAGACUAUGUACCAACUGAUGAAGAAGAGUAUCGCCAAGGCUUCUAGAGACGACGAUGUAGAAGAAGCAGUUAAGGAACUGGUAGAUAUAAUGCUGAAGCGAAUGGAUCCAGAUUUGGAUGGAGUGAUCAAUUUCCAAGAUUUUCACGAUAGCGUGUUAAAGACGCCAUCUUUGCUGGAGAGCCUCGGCUACUGUUUUCCGGAGAGACCCGCGGUAUUUGCCUUUAUAGCUACCUGGUGCCCAGUCUGGGGGAAAAUGUGA